AUGUCAACACCUUUACUUUCUAUUCCACCUCUAAAUAGCUUUUCACUUUACGAUCGCAAUUUGCUUAGUUAUGAUCACUCGAACCAGGAUGCUUUUUUUAACGAAAAGCCUGAGCGACAGUACCGAUCUGUGAUUGUAACUCUGUUUAGUAACAAAAAGACAAUGUGUUUGUUGUUUCCGACUGAUGCUCUUAUAACCGUGUUCGAUGUUAAACAAGUCGUUUAUAGACGACUUUUACUUGAACCAGAAUUUCAGUGUCUUUAUACAACGUCAGGGAAGCUUUUAAAUGAUUACGCUCUAAUAUUCGAAAACAGCAAUGAAGAUUUUAUAAAUAUUACUCUUAAAAUUCCCCUUCUUGGUGGAAAGGGUGGUUUUGGUUCUAUGCUAAGAGCACAGGGAGGUAAAAUGGCAAGCCAAAAAACUACCAAUUUUGAGGCUUGUCGUGAUUUGAAUGGGCGUAGGUUGAGGACUGUUAAUGAGGCUAGAAGACUUGCCGACCAUCUUGAACAAGAACCAGAACGUCAACGCGCUCUAAAAGAAAAAGUAAAAAAGAAAAUCGAGGAAGGCAUGCGUGAACAUCCAAUAAAAAAACAUCGCUUUGAUGACACUGAUUAUUUAAAGGCUAGCGAAGAAAUGAAGGAGAAGGUACAAAACGCAGUCGCGGAAGCACUUCAAAAGCCAACCUCAACUAAUAAAAAUUCUACUUCUGUUGGUCCUUCAAAUAAUGUUGCCGCCUCAUUAUCGUUAUGGGAUGUUGAAUUAAGUGACUCUGAUAAUGAAGGUUCUGAUGUUGAAGAAGAAAAUACUGAUACUGAUGAUAACUUGGAGAAUAUUUAA